UAUGCAACAGCAAUAAUAAUGUAUAAUUGUUCCUACUACUUGAUGUGUAUUGUUUCACUUAAAAAUCGUCUAAAUACUGUAAAAUAUAUACAAGCAAACACAAACAUAUAAUGAGUAUAACGAUGUACUCUACAAUUUUAUGUAAAAAAAUUUUGUCCGGUUCACUCUUACAUGACCUGAGUAGAUCGCUAAAUGUUGACGCGAUCAGUGCGCUAAGCAAUAGUUCUUUCGGUGCCAAACUCUUCAGCCACAACACAAACAGCAUAGGAGUUCAUACUAACAAAGGACAGUCACAACAGUCGUUUUUGCGUCCAGGAUCCAACAGCAACAGUUGCACGACGUCAAUCAACAUCCACCGACAUUAUUGCAGCAAGAAAUACAGUCCGUUUCCAGAAGUACCAGAAUUUCCACCAAUUGUUUGGCCCAAUGUGUUCAAGUCCUUCAAAGCUCUGCUAUAUUCAUAUCUAAUAAUCAAACCACAAUUUGACAAAGACUUCAGUCUUGGAGAGUUUGCCAAAAACUCCCGAAAGGCAGUUGAAGUAGUGUCCAAUUGUAUUUCCAAACGUGAUUUCUCCACAUUACAGGGACUGGUCACUAACGAUGUGCUAGAACAGGUGAAAUUGAUUGUAUCAGAUCUCAGUGAUAAUGAAAUAAAAGACAUGGCAUUUGAUAAUGAUGACAUGUAUUUAUUUUUACCAGUACAAUUAGAUAUUAUUAAUGACACAAAGUUUAAAGAUCGGCGUUUUGUUGAAAUUACAAUGUGCUAUCACGCAAUUCAUAAUUUAGAAGAGAUCAAAAAAAGAUCUGAAGAAAUAGUAGACAUACAAAAAGAAUUAAAGAGUAAUAUAUUUGUAUUGAACUAUAGAUUUAUUAGAGAAUAUACAGAAGGAGUCAAAGAUGCAUGGACUAUAAAUGCAAUCAAUCAUUUAAAAGCUGAAGAACACGAUAAGACAAUUUUAUAAAUAGAAUUAUACCAUAUUAUAGUAACUAAAUACCUUUAAAUUUAGAUUUCAUACUAUAUAAUUUUUAAUAAUUAAAUAAUGUUUAUUAACAUAUUGCUAUCUCACUUAUUAUACCCAAUAUGCAUUUGAUAUGUUAAUCAUUUGAAUUUGAGAUUGAAAUGUAUUAUUUUUUAAAUACCAUUAGUGACAUUUUAACACAAACUUUAGAUCAGCAUAUUUUCAGUCUUU